AUGGGUUAUCCUAAGGGCACUAUUGUUGUAGAUAACACCGCAACCUUUUUAGGCGAAGAGUUGGAACGAUCAAGAGCUCCCGACCUCCGCACAGCAUUCCAGGGGGGAAGAACCAGCUUGGGUUCUGCCAUAAAGAAGCCCCGGUUUGCAAAGAAAAUGCUUCCUGCGGCAGGAAACACCUGCAAAUCUCUUGCUAAGGGGAAAAUUACGAGCUCAACAGCUCCAACUUCCAUCGUGAAAGAGCAAAGGAUUCCUCCUCCUCCGCCUCCUCCUCGAUUUCCACUUGCUCCUACUCGGGAUCAAGUUAUACAAGUUGACCCCCCAACUCCUUUUGUCCCCACCACUACUGUGCGUAUCCCAAUCAAUCCUCAGGAUCUGGAGAAGAUCCCCGAUACUUUUCGGGGAACUCUCUACGAGACAGGGAACCACAUGGUGGAGCACGUAUAUAAAGCCAACCCGAGGGAUUUGAGGACGCUAGAAGAGAGGAGCCCAGAGAACGUCCUAGAGUACGCCUUGGGGAUGACUCUCAAAGUAAGAUAUCGUUCCUUAGUGAAUUUCUUCUUUUCAUUUUGCCCAACAAGUGUUGUUGUGUCUAUUUUGCAGGAAUUUGAGGAUGUGUUUCCUGAGAAAGUACCACAUGGUUUGCCACCUGUUCGAGGAAUAGAACAUCAAAUUGAUUUUGUUCCAGGUGCUUCCAUCCCAAACCGACCAGCCUACAGAAGUAAUCCUGAUGAAACAAAGGAAUUGCAAAGGCAAAUUGAAGAAUUGAUGGAGAAAGGGCAUGUGAGAGAAAGCAUGAGCCCUUGUGCUGUUCCAGUGAUUCUAGUUCCCAAGAAGGAUGGAACAUGGAGGAUGUGUGUCGACUGUCGAGCCAUCAACAAUAUAACGGUAAAAUAUCGACAUCCCAUUCCUCGUUUAGAUGACAUGUUAGAUGAAUUGCAUGGUUCUUGUGUGUUUUCCAAAAUUGAUCUUAAAAGUGGGUAUCAUCAGAUACGUAUGAAAGAAGGGGAUGAGUGGAAAACUGCUUUUAAAACUAAACAUGGAUUGUAUGAUUGGUUAGUCAUGCCUUUUGGACUAACUAAUGCACCUAGCACUUUCAUGCGCUUAAUGAAUCAUGUAUUGCGUGCUUUCAUUGGAAAAUUUGUGGUUGUUGCUACAGGUAUUCAGGUGGAUGAAGAAAAGAUCAAAGCCAUCCAAGAGUGGCCGACCCCUACAACUAUAGGCCAACACAAGCUCAACAAGAGACAUGCGAGAUGGGUUGAGUUCAUUGAGACAUUUCCUUAUGUCAUUCGCUAUAAACAAGGUAAGGAGAAUGUGGUUGCUGAUGCCCUUUCUCGCAGGUAUGCCCUAAUCUCUACUCUUGAUGCUAAAUUUCUUGGGUUUGAACACAUAAAGGAGUUGUAUUCUACUGACCAUGAUUUUGGGGAAACAUAUGCUGUUUGUGAAAAGUCUGCUGACGGAAAAUUUUAUAGGCAUGAGGGUUUCUUGUUUAGGGAGCAUAGGUUGUGUGUACCCAAUUGUUCUGUGAGAGAUUUGCUAGUUAAAGAGUCCCACGGGGGAGGGUUGAUGAGACAUUUUGGAGUUGCUAAG